AUGAGAGGAGUUAAAAUCUUUUCGGGUAGAUCCCACCCUGUACUUGUAGGCAAAAUUGCCGAGAGGUUAGGGAGUGAUCUGGGCAAGUGCGAUCUUGGGAAUUUCUCCAAUGGAGAGAUCAGUGUGCAAAUUGGGACCUCGAUUAGGAACGAAGAUGUCUUCAUCGUCCAGAGUGGUAGCCCCCAAACCAACGACAGCGUAAUGGAAAUGCUCAUCAUGAUAGCCGCUUGCAAAGGCGGUUCCGCAAAAUCAAUUACUGCGGUCAUGCCGUAUUUUCCUUAUUCACGACAGUCUAAGAAGAAGGCCCACCGAGGUGCCAUCACCGCCAAAAUGCUGGCAAAUCUUAUGGUGGUUGCCGGUGUGGAUCAUAUCAUAACCGUUGACCUUCAUGCCUCUCAAAUGCAAGGUUUUUUCGGAAAGCCUGUCGACAAUCUCUACGCUGAGCCAAUCAUCGCUCGAUGGAUCAAAACAAAUGUCCCCCACUGGAGGGAUGCAGUGGUGGUGAGCAAGAAUGUCGGCGGAACCAAACGCGUCACUUCCCUGGCAGAUGCUCUCAAGCUACGAUUUGCUCUUGUUUCGACAGACCGUAAUCGUUCACGCCCGUCGCACCAGAAUACAAAUCUCAUGGACAGUACCGUAUUCUUCGAUGCAAUAGAGCCACAAAAUGCUCACUACAGACAACCCCUGAGUGACGGAGAUGAUGGCGACGAAGCUGACACGGAAUCAGAGAAGCCUGGUGACUGGGAUCGACGGCAGGAAUUUCCUCUUCGUGGUCGUCACCCGCUCGUCAAUGGAACCAGUCGAUCAGGAAGACCAAAAGCGGUCACAAUUGCUUCAAGCCCCUUGGUCCAGACAACUCGCGUGGAGUCUUCAUCCCCUCCGCCUUCUCCAAGUCGGCUGGGACGUGCAGAGACCGCCCGAAGCGCGCGACGCCCCUCAGAAUACGAAGCCAACGAGGCCUUGAACGAUGAAAGAGCACGCGACGUGAUUGUUGGUCGAUUAAUUCAAGGGCACCUUGUCGAAGAAGACUAUGCAUCACCUGGCAUGUCUAGCUUGACAGCCUCGAUCACUGGGUUUCCGGGUGACCGAAAUUCUCAAGAUGCGGCUGAAAACACGGGCUACGAUCCAAUGACUUCCUCUUUCGUAUCGAACGCAUCAUCAUUUCAGCCUGAUCAUGCGCUGGGCGGUACAUUCGAUGCUGCUGCAACCUCAGACGAAGAAGAAGAAGGCAUCAAGAACCCUGACCUAGAGCACACCAUCACAUUGGUUGGAAACGUCAAGGAUACCACUGUUCUCCUGAUGGACGACAUACUCGACCGGUCAGGUUCUUGGAUAGCUGCAGCAGAGACUUGCGUCAAGAUUGGACAUGCAAAGAAGGUCUACUGCAUCGGAAUCCAUGCCCUUUUCGGUGAGGAUGCUCUCGAAGAGUUGGAAGACUGCGACUGUAUUGAUCAUAUUGUGGUGACAAAUACCUUCCCGAUAUCCCCUGAAAGAGUUCGUGCUUCAAAGAAGCUGAUAAUGAUCGACCUCUCUGGCUUAUUGGCGGAAGCCAUUCGACGGAACCAUCACGGAGGUAAGGAAACCGAUAUACGAAGACCUUGA